CGACUGUAUUUUCUGUCCUCACUAGCAGCUCUAUUUUCUCUAGCGUCCAUGAUGGACGGAAUCGGCCUGCUGAUUGAAUCGAUAUGCCCCUUGAGAUACCCGAUCGACCGACGGUCACUCUGCCCGAUAACGUCCCCCUAGAAUUUCGGCAAUCACUGAUUAACGUCUUGAAUGGGUACGUAGAGGUAUUAAGUGUGCUCGAUAACGAUAUUGGGCUAUCUAACGUGAUCGAGCAUGCCAUUCUUACGGGGGAUCAUCCACCCAUUAGCUGCGUUCCUUAUCGAUACUCGCCAGCACAACGGACGGCCGUGUUUCAACGAAUUAAGGAGUUCGCAGUUAAUGGAUGGAUCGAACCCGCUAUAGGACCUUGGUUGUUUCCUGAGGUAAUCGUGCCCAAGAAGGUCAGAGGGAUUCGCAUAUGCAUCGAUUAUCAGAAAAUGAACGAUAUCACGAUCAAAGAUGUAUACCCUCUUCCCCGGAUCGAUGAGCUGUUGGAUGCGAUUGGGAGUGCUCGAUUUUUCAGUAAGUUUGAUGUUCGACAUGAGUUUCAUCAUCUGCUUGUUCGAGAGGAGGAUCGUCUGAGAAUGGCGUUUAUGUUGUCUGAAGGUACCUGGCAAUGGGUUCGAUGUCCAAUGGGCAUUUGCAAUGCCCCCGCAACCUUUCAGCGAGCCAUGAACAUGGUUUUCCAGAACUUUGUGCGGAAGACCCGUCUGGCGCAGAGUAUCAUCAACUAUUCCGUGAUUGUGUACAUGCAUGAUAUUCUGGUGUAUUCGAGUUCGUACGAGGGGCAUGUGCAGCACAUCGAGUGGACGCUGCAUGCAUUGAGAGAUGCCGGUUUCAAGGUGGCGCUGGAGAAUUGCCAGUUCUUUCUCACCACCAUUUCCUUUCUGGGACACGUGGUCACAGACCAGGGACUCAGACCGGAACCACAAAUGGUGGCCGCCAUGAGAGAUGCGCUUGUGCCUACGACUAUCACGCAAGUUUGCACUUUUCUGGGCCUGGCCUCGUACUACCGAAGAUUUAUCAAGGGCUUCCCGGCUAUUGCGGGACCCCUCACGAAUCUGUUGAAAAAGGAUAAGCCGUUAAUCUGGAGGCCAGAGUGUGAUCAAGCGUUCUCGAAACUCAAGGAAGCCCUUAUUUCGGCUCCGGUCCUUAUAAGACCGGAUCCUGCGAAGCCUUUUGUCCUCAUCACGGACUGGCAGUUGGAGGCAAUCUCAGGAUUCUCAGCGAUCUUGGCCCAGUCAGUGCCUGCUUGCAAGCGCAAUUACGCCGCCUCGACAGGAGAAUGCUACGCGGCUCUGUGGGGAAUCAGUCACUUUCGAGCCUAUCUGUACGGGCGGAAAUUCACGCUGGUGACCGAUCAUGAGCCAUUAUUAGCCCUGAAGAAAUCUAAGGAUUACUCGGGCAUGAUCGGGAGAUGGGCGACGGUGCUACAGAGCAUGGACUUCGACAUUCGCCAUCGAAAGUACGAGAGGGACGGGAAUGCUGACGGAUUGACACGACUGCACCGACCCGAGGAGAUCCUCAAGAGCGAGGAAGUGAUCCCGUGGAACGAGCCGAAGGAUGAGAACGGACUGCGGCAUUGGCGAGUGUGGCGCGAGACUUUUGUCGAUCUGUUUGUGUGCUUGGCUCGAGUGGAAGUGACGUGGACAAGGACCGACGAGCAUCCUGCGUGUCUUGAGUACCUGGAGCUGCUGAUCAUCCAGGCUUGGCGAACUGACGUGGAGGGCGAUCUUCUCGGUUUUCUUUUCGGAUCGGUGCCGCCAGGCCAUCGCCAGCAAAUUGUCCAGGAACUCGUCGUCCCGCUCGCGCAGCUGGUCGACAACCUUUCUCGCGAUAUUGUUUCGCAAAGUGACGAGAGUCCGGCCCCACACGUCCUUACUCGGACCUUGGCACCGUAUCUUCAGUGGUCGGCGCGCUUGGAAAAACAAGGGAGUGAAAGCACCCUGCCAUUGCGGCAGGAGUACUUAAAGCCGUCCGGGGUCAUCGAUCUUGCGUUCUAUCCGAAGCAAGAUACGUCCGAGGAGCCGGUAGAAGAGGAAGAGGAGGAAGUCACUGAAGAAGAAGGCAGCGUCGAAGAAGAGACGUCGGAAGAAGGGAGUUAUAGUGAGCACAAGAAAGGAGAGCAGAGUGAAGAAGAAGAAGAAGAAGAAGACGAAGAGGUGGAAGCCGGAUCGGAGUGGGAGACCUUGCCGGAGGAAGCGGCGCGCACUGGUACGGAGGCAGAAGAUCCGGAGGCGGCACGUAAGAGAGAAGAGAUCGCCGCCAGGAAAAGCCAGCUGUAAUUCGCCGGUGAGGCGAACCUGCGCAUCGACGACGACCCGACCCAGGAUCCAGAGCCCCCCGAGC